AUGGACAGCCGGCUGCUGCCUGCGCUACUGUUGCUGCUGUUUCUCAGGCCUUCGGGCCCACAGGGCCAGGGGCCAGGGUCUGGGGGGCCCUCGGGAGAGCUCCCAGAGCAGCUCCCUAAGAAGUUCCCCGAGGAGGAUGGGGUCUUAGUGCUGAGUGGGCACACCUUGGGCCUGGCCCUGCAGACACACCUGGCCCUGCUGGUGGAGUUCUACGCCCCAUGGUGUGGACACUGCAAGGCCCUGGCCCCCGAGUACAGCAAGGUGGCUACACUGCUGGCCACAGAAUCUGUGAGGGCCACUCUGGCCAAGGUGGAUGGGACUGCGGAACCAGAGCUGACCCAGAAGUUUGGAGUGACUCGAUACCCCACACUCAAGCUCUUCCAAGAUGGGAACCGGACACACCCAGAGGAGUACACAGGCCCCUGGGAGACUGAGGGCAUCACCAAGUGGCUGAAGCAGCAUGUAAGGCUCAGUGAAACCUGACUGGAGGAUGAAAAGGGUGCCCAAGCACUGAUAGACACCCAGGAUGUGGUGGUCAUUGGCUUCUUCUAGGACCUGCAGGACGAGGAUAUGGUCACCUUCCUGGCCCUGGCCCAGGAUGCUCUGGACCUGACCUUUGGCCUCACCAACCGGCCACAACUCUUCCAGAAGUUUGGCCUCACCAAGGACACUGUGGUCCUGUUCAAGAAGUUUGACGAGGGCUGGGCUGACUUCCCUGUGGACAAGGAGUUUUGCCUGGACCAGGGCCAUCUGUCAUGCUUCCUCCCCACACACAGCAUGCACCUAGUCAUGGGGUUCAACAGCCAGACAUCCCCGAAGAUCUUUGCGAGGAUCCUCAACCACCUGCUGCUCUUCAUCAACCAGACACUAGCCUCGCACAGGGCGCUGCUUGUGGGCUUCGGGGAGGUGGCUCCCCCAUUCCAGGGGCAGGUGCUGUUCGUGGUGGUGGACGUGGACGUGGAUAACGACCACGUGCUGCAGUACUGCGGCCUGAGGGCCCAGGAGGCCUCCACCCUAUACUUCAUCAACAUCGCGACCACCAAGAAGUAUGUACCCCAAGGCGGGGGGCUGGUCACCCUGGCCGCCGUUUUAGCCUUCUGCCACUCGGUCCUCAAUGGCGAGGUCAAGCCCUAUCGCCUGAGUCAGGAGAUUCCGCCUGACUGGGACCAGCGGCCUGUCAAGACCCUCAUGGGCAAGAAUUUUGAGCAGGUGGCUUUCAAUGAGACAAAGAACAUGUUUGUCAAGCUCUAUACCACGUGGUGCACCCACUGCAAGGAGAUGGCCGCCACCUGGGAGGCACUGGCUGAAAAGUAUAGUGACUGUCAGGACAUCAUCACUGCCGAGCUGGAUGCAACGGCCAAUGAGUCGGAGGCCUUUGCUGUGCACGGCUUCCCCACCCUCAAGUACUUCCUGGCAGGGCCAGGUCGGAAGGUGAUCAAAUACAAAAGCACCAGAUACCUGGAGACCUUCUCCAAGUUCCUGGACAACGGGGGCGAGCUACCUGCGGAGGAGCACAUGGAGCCUAGGGUCCCCUACCAGGUGGGUGCCUUACACGUGGCUCUGUCCCAGGGCUGCCACACCUCUAGACAGGCCUCUGGAAUGGGGGACUGGGUCUGACUGGUGCAGGCCCGUGGGAAGUGCUCUGAGCAGUGCCUCUGGGACCCUUCCAGGAGAAGGCCAAUUCCACCGUGCCACCCAAGGAGGAUCUGUAACGAGCUGCCUGGUGCACCCACAUCCCUGCCCAAAGGCCCCUCAUUGCCACACUGUGGCCCGGCAGACCAGGGAGCGGGGUCAGUGGGGCUGGAGAGUCCAAUUGUAAAUAAAGAACCC